AUGGAGAACGACCGCGGCGAGAUUGUGGACCUCAUCACCAGUUACGUCCCCCGCAAGUGCAGCGCCACCAACCGCAUCAUCAAGGCCAAGGAUCACGGCUCUGUCCAGAUCUCCGUCGCCAAGGUUGACGAGAACGGCCGUGCCAUCCAGGGCGAGAACCACGUCUACGCCCUCUGCGGCUUCAUCCGAGCUAUGGGCGAGAGCGACGACUCCUUCAACCGACUGGCCCAGCGUGACGGCCUCCUCAAGAACGUCUGGAGCGGACAGCGAUAA